AUGAGGUGGAUUAUUCUCUUUUGUCUUUGCCUGGUCGUUGUGCUAGCUGCGCCAGCGAGACUUGGCCGUGUCAACAACGCUGAUAGAAGAGAACGCUACGGCAGGAGUGACCAAUCCAACCAAAGGGAAAGUAGUAGAUCCUACAAACGUAAUUACUGGUAUUAUGUCUCAAAAAGAUACGAUGAUAGCAGAAAUCGUGCUCAAAAUUAUAAUAGCAAAAAUGACGACUGGCGAAACGUAUAUAACAACGACAGACAAAACAAACGCGAAAGCAGAUACGACAAUCAUAGAUAUGAUGAUAGAAAUAAUAAUGAGAGGACUAGCUACAGUAACAGCAACUACGAUCGAUAUGAUAACGGCAGACAAGACAAAGACCGUUGGGACAACAGAUCUGGCUCAAAAUACAACUAUGUUAACGACAGAUACGAUCAACGGGAGAGAUCUUAUGAUAAUCGGGCUAACGAUGACCGAAGGGACAACGACAGGCGAGAGGCAUACAGACAAGUUAACGACAGGCGAGACGAUGAUAGACGAUAUGACGACAGGCGUGAUGACGAUAGGCGAGAUAACGAUAGUCAAGAGGACGGCAGGCGUGAAGUCGACCGACGAGAUGAUGAAAGGCGAAAUGACGAUAGGCGUGAUAAUGACAGACAAGAUGACGACCGCAGAGACGAUGAUAGACGAGAUGAAGAGAGACGAAAUAAAGAAAGACGUGAAAAUGACAGGCGAGAUGAUGACCGCAGAGAUGAUGAAGACAGACGAAACAAUGAAAGACGUGAAAAUGACAGGCGAGAUAAUGACAGGCGAGAUGACGACAGGCGUGAUAAUGACAGACAAGAUGACGACCGCAGAGACGAUGAUAGACGAGAUGAAGAGAGACGAAACAAAGAAAGACGUGGGAAUGACAGGCUAGAUGACGAUAGGCGUGAUGAGGAUAGGCGAGACGAGGACAGGCGUGAUGAGGACAGGCGAUAUAGAAACCGCGGGGACGAUGAUAGACGAAAUGAGGACAAAGUAAACAACGAAAGGCGUGGUAAUGAUAGGCGUGAUGCCUACAGACAAGAUGACGACCGCAGAGACGAUGAUAGACGAGAUGAAGACAGACGAAACAACGAAUGGCGUGAAAAUGACAGGCGAGAUAAUGACAGGCAAGAUAACGACCGCAGAGAUGAUGAAGACAGACGAAACAAUGAAAGACGUGAAAAUGACAGGCGUGAUAAUGACAGACGUGAAAAUGACAGGCGUGAUGACGACAGACGAGAUAAUGACAGACAAGAUAACGACCGCAGAGAUAAUGACAGACAAGAUAACGACCGCAGAGACGAUGAAGAAAGGCGAAACAAUGAAAGACGUGAAAAUGACAGGCGUGAUAAAGACAGACAAGAUGAUGACAGGCCUGAUGAUGACAGGCAAGAUAAUGACAGACAAGAUAACGACCGCAGAGAUGAUGAAGACAGACGAAACAAUGAAAGACGUGAAAAUGACGGGCGUGAUAAUGACAGACAAAAUGAUGACAGGCGAGAUGAUGACAGGCAAAAUAACAACAGACAAGAUAACGACCGCAGAGAUGAUGAAGACAGACGAAACAAUGAAAGACGUGAAAAUGACAGGCGUGAUAAUGACAGACGUGAAAAUGACAGACGUGACGACGACAGACGAGAUAAUGACAGACAAAAUAACGACCGCAGAGACGAUGAAGACAGACGAAACGAUGAAAGACGUGAAAAUGACAGGCGUGAUAACGACAGACAAAAUGAUGACAGGCGAGAUGAUGACAGGCAAGAUAAUGACAGACAAGAUAACGACCGCAGAGAUGAUGAAGAAAGACGAAACAAUGAAAAACGUGAAAAUGACAGGCGUGAUAAUGACAGGCGUCGUGACGACAGACGAGAAAAUGACAGACAAGAUAACGACCGCAGAGAGGAUGAAGACAGACGUGAAAAUGACAGGCGAGAUAAUGACAGACAAGAUAACGACCGAAGAGAGGAUGAAGACAGACGUGAAAAUGACAGGCGAGAUAAUGACAGGCAAGAUAACGACCGCAGAGAGGAUGAAGACAGACGUGAAAAUGACAGACGAGAUAAUGACAGACAAGAUAACGACCGCAGAGAGGAUGAAGACAGACGUGAAAAUGACAGGCGAGAUAAUGACAGACGUGAAAAUGACAGACGUGAUGAUGACAGACAAGAUAACGACCGCAGAGAUGAUGAAGACAGACGAAACAAUGAAAGGCGUGAUGACGACAGGCGAGACAAUGACAGGCAAGAAAACAACCGCAGAGACGAUGAUAGACAAAACAGCGAAAGAAGUGAAAAUGACAGGGAAGAUGAUGGCAGACAAGUUAACUACCGCAGAGUCUAUAACAGGCGAAGCGAAGGCAGGCAAAACAACGAAAGGCGUGAUAACGACAAGCGAGAUGAUGAGAGGCGGGAUGAUGAUAGACAAGGUAAUAACAGGCAAGGCAGGCAAGAUGACGACCGCAGAGAAAACGAUAGAAAAAAUGAUGACAGACGAAACAUCAAAAGGACAAAUAAUGACAAGCGUGACAAAGACAACAACAACACUAACAGCAGAUAUAAAAGACUUCGUUUAGGCGUAUCGUGUACAGGGACUAUGUUUUGA